AUGCUCGGAAGAAUCCUUCGGAGAAUCGAUGCGGCACUGCCAAAUCGCGAUACUGAUUCGUUCCAGAUGUGCUGGCCACUUUUCACAUCCCUCCUCGCCAUGUCCUUCCUCUGGAUCGGUUCCCAAAUCCCCCUCUACCUCUACGGCUCCGUGCUCCCAGACAUAUACUCGGAAAUCGGCGGUGCGGGCGGAAGAUGGCUGUGGAUGGUCAUCGGAUAUCUGAUCCCGAAUUCCGCAUUAUGUCCCUUCGUGGGUGCGCUGUCAGAUAUUUUCGGCCGCAAAUACGUCGCCGCGUUCGGACAGGUGUGCCUACUGAUCGGCCCGAUCGUCGUUUCGACCGCCCACGACAUCAAUGUUGCGAUUGGUGGACAGGUGAUUUCGGGACUUGGGGCGGGACUGAAUGAGUUGAUUGCCUUGGCGGGAACUUCGGAGAUUGUGCCUGUGAGGAAGAGGGGUGCGUAUGUGGGAUUUAUCGUGUUUACGAUUCUGCCGUUUUGUCCGUCGCCGCUGUGGGCGCAGCUUAUCGCUCGCAUGUCGAACUGGAGAUGGGUUGGACUUCUGGUUGGGAUCUGGAAUUUCGUCGGUCUUAUCCUGGUUCUCUUCUUCUACCGCGAUCCGGCCAAGAGUCCACACGCUCGUCCGGCCAGGGAGAUCGCCAAGGAGAUUGACUACGUGGGAGGUAUUCUCAGCACCUUCGGCAUCACGCUUUUCAUGAUGGGCAUGCAAUGGGGCGCUGCUCAGUACACGUGGGGCAGUGUGCACGUCCUAGUCCCAUUCAUUCUCGGAAUCAUCAUCAUCAUCGCCUUCUUCGUGUGGGAAUUCAAGUUCGCUCCUUUCCCCAUGUGUCCCGCCGGAGUGUUCGCCAAGGACAAACGAACCAUGAUCCUCGUCCUUCUUAUGACCUUCUUUAGCGGCGGCAACUUCUUCGUCAUGCUCCUCUUCUGGCCCACGCAAGUCUAUAACAUGUACGGCAACGACCCCCUCGGAAUCGGCAUCCGCACCCUCCCCAUCGGUUUCGGCAUCAUAUUCGGCGCCGUGCUAAGUCUCGUCCUUUUCGGCGUCACCAAAGGCCGCACCAAGGCCCUCAUGAUCUUCUGGUCCCUCUUCAUGACAGGUUUCGUCGGCGCCGUCUCCAUCGCCCGCACCGAUAACCUCAACCCAACUGUCUACGCUAUGGUCACCCUCGCUUCCAUCGGCGUCGGAGCAGUCAUAAUCCCCUGCUCCAUCAUCGCCCAAAUCGUCUGUCCAACCGAACUCAUCGGCACCGUCACCGCCAUCACCCUUUCCAUCCGCUACAUCGGCGGUGCUAUAGGUUUCACCGCAUACUACAACGUCUUCUACCACAAAUUCUCGACCGAGUACGUCAUCCCCGCCGGUUUCGAAGUCGCCGCCGCAGGUAUUACGAGUGAUUACCCUACCCUUUUCCAUCUCCUUACCCUCGGCGGUCAAGCUCAAUACAAUCACCUCCGCGAAUUCAUCGCCACUAGUCCCCUCGUUAUGCGGAAAGAUGUCGCGUACGAUGUCGUGAUUUCGAAUCUGCAGAUGGCCUUCGCCAAGGCUUAUCAGUGGCCUUAUUGGAUUAGUAUCGCUUUUGGUGGUGUUACCAUCUUGUGUUCGCUGGGGUUGAGGGAUAUUCGACACUACAUGUAG